UGUAUGUAUUCACUACUCUGGAUAAGAGCGUCUGCUAAAUGACUAAAAUGUUCACACGCGUAUCUGUCCCCUCAUUGGCUAGAAUGGUCCCAGUUUCUCUUCCGGACUGCCCUGGAGACGGUUGUUAAGAGUGGCGGCUUGAAUAUCUCGUCAAUAUCAUGGAUCAUCUGUGUUGUGCUAUUUUAAAACUAACGAUAUAGCGAAUAAACACAGUAGCAUGCUGGCCAUACAAAGACAAAAGGUCUAGUAGAAACACCAUGGAAGAGUCAGGAGGCAGGCCACGUUACCCUAAACAGGGAGGCCGGGAGAGGGUCGCGGUGGCAACCGAACCAGAGGCCUGGAGGAACCAGGACGCUGGGAGAGGAUACAGUCCCAAGCCGGAGAGGGGUGGCCACGGUGGGUUCUACCGCGCCAGUCCCAAGAAGGGAGGGAUGGGGCCCCUCAGCAGCUCCCCUAGGGGGGUGGUGUUCAAGGGGGGGAAAAGCCCCUCUCAGAGGGAGGGUUUCCAGAGACCCAGGUACCCAGAGAGCCAGCAGGCAGAGGGCCUGGUCGAGGGCCGGGAGGAGAACUGGAGAGAGCGCCCCUCACAGCGCUGGAGGAGAACAUCUCAGGGAGAGGACCCAGGAGAGGACUGGGAUCAGGGACGGAGGGACAACGCUGACAACACAGCUCACAGCUCAGGGGGGAAGAACCGUAGGAACCGUAGGAACCGGAGGCGGGGUCUAGGUGAGGAAGACCGUGGGCCGGUGGUGGAUGAGUCAUCUCUGUCAACCAAAGAGCUGCUGGGACUGAAACGGGCGGAGGAGAAGAACGGCAGAGAGGAGAUCUUCCGUCUGAAGAAGAGGUCCCGCAGUAACCCCAGCGCUGUCUACACCUGCUGUCUGUGUGAGGUUCUGCUGGACUCUGUCUCUGAAGCUCACAGACACGUCAAAGACAAGUGGCACAAGUGGAGAGCCAAGGAGCGUCGAGAGGAAGUGAUGUUGACGGAUCUCGUACCCCCCGGGGCGGAGCAGGUGGCGGCGGUGGGCGUGGCUUUGGAGGGCGUGGUCAGAGAGAUGGGGAUGAGUGACCAGGAUGUAGAGAACAGACGACGGAUCGUCUCCAACAUGCAGGAAGUCCUAAUGUCCGUCCUGCCUGAGGUGAAGCUCAGGCUCUAUGGGUCUUCCUGCACCACGUUUGGUUUCAAGGAUUCUGACGUCAACAUUGAUGUCCAGUUCCCCCCUCAUAUGCAUCAACCAGAGGUUCUGUUGCUGGUUCAGGAGAGCCUGUCUGUCAGCCUUCUCUAUGAGAGCCUGGAGGCAGACUUCCACGCCAGGGUACCUGUGGUCAUCUGUAAAGACAAGGACAGUGGUCUGGUGUGUAAGGUGAGCGCAGGAAAUGACAACGCCUGCUUGACCACCUCCUUCCUGUCUGAGCUGGCAAAUCAGGAGCCUCUGCUGCUGCCGCUGGUCCUGGGCUUCAGACACUGGGCCCGGAUUUGUCACGUGGACCGAGCGGAGGAGGGAGGACUGCCAUCGUACGUCUUCGCCCUCAUGGUCGUCUACUUCCUCCAGCAGAGGAAACAGCCCGUCCUGCCUGCCUACCUGGGACACGAGGCUCCUCUGGUGAUCCCGAGGUCUGUCUCUCCUCCAGCGGUGGGUCUUCUGUGGGUGGAGAUGCUGCGUUUCUAUUCGCUGACGUUCGACAUGGCGGAGUGUGUCAUCAGCGUGCGUACCAGCCUCGUCCUAUCACGGGAGGACAAAGACUGGCCCAAGAAACGCAUUGCCGUGGAGGAUCCAUUUGCGAUAAAGAGGAACGUGGCUCGUACGUUGAACAGCCAAAAGAUGUACGAGUACAUUCUUCACUGCCUCAAAUCUACCUACAAGUACUUCGCCCUGCCCCUCAGGCUCCCCUCAGCCAACCACAAGACAACAGAGCAGCAAGGAGCCAAUCACAAGCCAGGGCCUGGACAGAAGGGUCAGAGUGACGUUGGCCUCGUUCAAUCAGGGUUGAGCGGUGUCAUCCUGGAAUCCCAGGCAGCCAAUAAGGAGAAAGUAGAGGAUGAUGUUCCACAGGAUUCUGACUGUAUGGAGGAAGAGGAAGAGGAGGAGAGCCCUUCAGAGUCCGAUCGAGAGAAAGAAAAGGGGGACUUGGGGAAGAACAGCCUGUCUGAAGAGGAAGAGGAAGUAUAUCCCAGACCACACCUAGACAGUGUGACCACAGAGGACGAAGAAGACCUGUUCCCGUUGGACGAGGUGUCGGGAGAGGAGCUUCUCUCCGACGAGGAGGGGCCAGACCGAGACGCUCCAGGGUCGUUGGAUGAGGAGGAUGAGGUACCAGAGGACCCGCCCAAGCAGGCAUUACCAGACGACGGGACCGAUGGGGCCAGCGUUCUCUGCUAUGUGUUUACCAGACAGGCUUUCACCCGCGGCAGGUCCCACACAGUGGUGUGUAGUGUGUGUAAGCGUGACGGCCAUCUUAAGAAGGACUGUCCUGAAGACUUCCAGAGGGUUCAGCUAGCUCCUCUCCCUCCCAUGACACCUGCCUUCCUCAAAACACUCAACACCGUCUGUCUGCAGUGCUACCGAGACUUUGCUCUAGAUGAGGUGGAGGUGGGAGUGAGAGAACACAUCCUACUGGACCUCGAGAACUUCGUCAAACGACAGGUCACAGGUGCCAGCCUGAGGCUGUUUGGUUCGUCUAAGAACGGCUUCGGCUUCAAGCAGAGUGACCUGGACAUCUGCAUGGUGCUGGACGGACAGGAGACCGCUGAAGGUCUGGACUGUAUCAGCAUCAUAGAGUCUCUGGCCAGACUGCUGAGGAAACACCCAGGUCUGAGAAACAUCCUUCCCAUCACGACAGCUAAAGUCCCCAUCGUCAAGUUCUACCACGUCAGAACGGGCCUGGAGGGAGACAUAUCCCUCUACAACACGCGGCUGUUGGCGUUGUACGCUGCCAUCGACCCCCGGGUCAAGACGCUAUGCUACGUCAUGAAGGUCUUGGCCAAGUUGUGUGAUAUCGGUGAUGCGUCUCGAGGCAGUCUGUUCACCCUGAUGGUGCUGGUCUACCUGCAACAGAGGAACCCACCUGUUAUACCUGUACUACAGGAGAUUUAUGACGGGGAGGAGAAGCCAGAGAUCCUAGUGGAUGGAUGGAACGUCUACUUCUACGAUGAUCUGGAAAACCUACCUGAGCGGUGGCAGCAGAGGAACUUGGAGUCUGUAGGGGCUCUGUGGCUGGGCCUACUGCAGUUCUACACUGAGACCUUUGACUUCAGAGAACAUGUCAUCUCCAUCAGACAGAGCGCUGCUCUCACCACCUUCAACAAGCAGUGGACCUCCAAGUACAUCGUCAUCGAGGAUCCUUUUGACCUGAACCAUAACCUGGGAGCUGGCCUGUCCAGGAAAAUGACCAACUUCAUCAUGAAGGCGUUCAUUAAUGGUCGAAGUGUGUUUGGAACGGCGGUCAAGGCCUACCCUCCUGAGUACACUAGUCAGAUGGAGUUCUUCUUUGACCCUGAGGUGCUAACAGAGGGACAACUGGCUCCCAACGACCGCUGCUGCAGGAUAUGUGGCAAGAUCGGACACUUCAUGAGAGACUGUCCCAUGCGCAGGAAGUCUAGGCAGCGUCGUGAGCAGGAGGACAGAGCGGAGGGAAGGAGGGACUGGGCGGAGUCUGAGGGGGGAAGGGAGCGUCGUCAGGGCGACCGCUGGAGGCGACAGGAAGAGAAGCGAUGCUGCUUCCUGUGUGGGAGCAACGCCCACAUCAAGAAGGACUGCCCCCAGUACAGAGGACCGACAGGAGCCAAAGCAGAGAACUCCUCCUCUCCCUCUAUGAGCCACAUGAGGAAUUUUAGAGAGAGAGAAAGACGGGGCUCCCCUCAACAGGAGAAGAAGAAGCAACAACAACAUGUGAUUUUGAGUCCACAAGCAGGCAGUCGACUCAACAGGCACAUGGGUUGGUCUGAUCCCAGGAGGAGCCCAGUGGACUGAAGACCAGAGGGACAGAGAGAGAGAGAGAGAGAGAAGAGAUACGGAGGGAGAGAAGGAAUGAGAGAGGGAGGCAGCUCUUGCCCCAAAACCUCUGGGUUCUACUCUACUCCCUCUGAGGUCUGGACAAAACUUCCAGUCCACCAGCCUUGAACCUAGAACACCCAAAACCUAGAUCCUGGAACCUAGAUCCUGGAACCUAGAUCCUGGAACCUAGAUCCUGGAACCUAGACUCCCAUGGGAAAUAGGCGGAGUCUGAGCCCCAGACAGAAGAUAUGGCACCCUAUUCCCUAUAUAGUGCACAACAUUUGACCAGGACACAUAGGACUCUAAAGCAGUGCACUACAUGGGGAAUAGGGUGCUAUUUUGGCUGCAGAUAAACAGAGAGAGGGCAUUUUAUGUUUUAACCACCACUCCUACUGUUUCAGAGGAGCUUUUUAAAGUAUUGUUUUAACUGAAAAUACAUUUUGCUUGCUUCUCCUGUUAUUUUACCCCUCAACACCAGGGAUUUAUUUAGUUUUUAUAAUACAGAUUAUUUGUUAAAUUUGUCUUGUGCACUGACGUCCUCCCAAACACCCUUCUCCUCCAUUUUGGACAGUAGAUCAAGUUCAAGAUGGGCUGUGUGUGUGUGUGUGUGUCUCAGUACACUCCUGCGUGCGUGUGCGUGCGUGCGUGCGUGCGUGCGCCGAGGGUUAAAUCUGGAUUUUAGAAUUGUCCCUGAAACAAAUUGGUACUAUUGAUAAUAAUGAACAGCUUGUAUUAAAAUGCUCCUAAAUGCCAGAACAUCCAAAGAUGGUAGCUAGCUAGAGCCUUCCUGCCCCCCCCCCCCCUCUGACCACAGUGUUUUGUAGUGCUGUCAUUGCAGUGAGUCUAUUUGGGCAGAGUCAUAUACUGAAUAUGUGGCUCUGUAUCUGGGUUACCUGUACCUAAAUGGACCACUAGCUCCCAUGUGUGUGUAGAUCUGAGAGGAUUGGACAGGUGUAGUAACAUGGUGAAACAUUUAAAUUCCACUUUGUCUAUCAGAGGGCCAAAGGUGGAGAUAGUUACCACCAUAUUGCUUAUGCGUACCAAAUGAAUUAUCCUUAUCGAUCGAUCUACACUCUCGAACACUGGAUAUGGGAUCGGGCUGAGGAUUGAUUUGGGGGUCCUGCGUACAUCGGUAAAGGAUUUGGGGUUGAGGGAAAAUGGGGAAAUAUGCUUUUGUUUGUAUGAUGCGUUUCAUGGCCAGUGCCUUGGAUUGGUGGGACUGAUCACUGUAAUGUGAAGCUCUGCCCCCUUGUCCUGGGCUAAUGUUCGCUGCUAGUAUUCUGUCUGAGAUCUGCUCGUCAAAUUAAACUUUCUUUACAAAAAAAAAAAAAAAAGUGAUUUAAUGUCCAGAUAUUUUUUGGGGUCAGUAUCUUUCUGUCAUUAGUUUAGAAAAUAAACCCCCACACUGGCUUUCUUUUGGAAUGACUCAAUUUUAGGUUGAAUCACAUUUCUAUAUAGCCUCCCAUUAUUUAUAUUUCUACUUUGCACUUUCU